AUAAUUAAGGGUCAUAACAUAUAAUUAAGGAGAAAUCUCCUUUCUUUUUCUCUCUCUCUCUCUUUCUGUGAAUCUGAAAUUCGAUUUCUCCAACGUAGUUUCCUCUGAACACGCCUUCUCGGAAUCCAUCGUCUCCGAGAGAGAGUUAAUUAUCGCAACCCUUGAAUUCACUUUCUUCCAAAACUCGUUUCUUUCGAUUUAGAAGAAGAGAUUUGAUUUGAUUUUUUUUUUUUAAAGCUCGGAGAUUCAUUCACAGGCAAGGAAUCCACUCCUAAAUGAGAUAUCUGAAAGAAUCACACUCAACAUUGGCUUCUUAGUGUGAAAGAUGAAAAGAGGAGCACUUAGACGGAAGGCUAGGGAUAUAUCCGUUGUCCUUGUUGUGCUUGUUUGUGCAACCGUCGUCAUAUGGACAUGGGAUACAACUCCAACCUCUGCCUUUCUUCCACCUGAAAGUCACUUUCUAAAGCUGGAAACAGAAGAAGAGGUUAAGAGAGUACCUACUGCGCUGAAUACGGAAACUAAAGACAGCUACUCAUCAGCUACUCCGCUUGUAAACAAAGGUAAAGUCCAAACGCAUUACAGCAGCGCUUUCAUCCAUCUUGUAAUCUCCUCAAAAGUUUAUUUGCACCUUUUUGAGUUGCGAGUCUGUUGUAUUCUGAAUAUCGGAGAAACUAAGUUUAGCAUAACUUUUUUUUUUCUUUUCCCUGGCUUAUUUAUGACAGAAGAAACCAAAGAGGUGAAACGUGAGGUUGCUAUUAGAGAAGACGAAACUACAAAGACAACACAUAUUAAAGAGACUCAUUCAGAUCCAGAGAGGACUGAACAGUUCGUAGCCAAGAAAGAUGAUGUUAGUACUUCAACACCUCGCAUCCCCAAUAAAGCUUGUAAUUACGCGAAAGGGAAGUGGGUUGUGGACAACCACCACCGUCCUUUGUAUUCAGGAUCUCACUGCAAACAAUGGCUUGCUUCCAUGUGGGCGUGCAGGUUAAUGCAGCGCACAGACUUUGCCUUCGAAAGGUUAAGAUGGCAACCCAAAGACUGCUCUAUGGAAGAAUUUGAAGGCUCCAAGUUCCUGAAAAGGAUGCAGAACAAGAACCUAGCCUUCGUUGGAGACUCAUUAGGAAGACAGCAGUUUCAAUCCAUGAUGUGUAUGAUCACCGGAGGCAAAGAGAGACCCGACGUCCUCGACGUGGGACCAGAGUUUGGGUUCAUAACUCCCGAAGGUGGAGGUCGUCCUAACGGCUGGGCCUACAGAUUCCCAGAAACCAACACAACGGUGCUAUACCACUGGUCAUCAACCCUCUGCGACAUACAACCGCUCAACAUCUCUGACCCUUUAACCGAACACGCUAUGCAUCUCGACCGCCCGCCAGCUUUCUUACGCCAAUACCUUCAUAAGAUUAGCGUCUUGGUGAUGAACACAGGUCACCACUGGAACCGGGGGAAGCUCAACGGCAACAGAUGGGUGAUGCAUUUGAACGGCCUUCCCAACGCUAACAAGAAGCUAGCCGCUCUUGGGAACGCCAAGAACUUCACGAUCCACAGCACGGUUGGUUGGGUUAGCUCGCAGCUCCCUCGCCACCCGGGUCUUAAGGCGUUCUACAGAAGCCUUUCGCCGAGGCAUUUCGUGGGCGGGGAGUGGAACACUGGAGGGAGCUGCAAUAACACAACACCGAUGUCUAUAGGGAAAGAGGUUUUGCAAGAGGAGUCUAGCGAUUACAGCGCGGGUCAUGCGGUGAAAGGCACAGGUGUUAAGCUUUUGGACAUAACAGCGUUAUCUCAUAUCAGAGAUGAAGGUCACAUAUCGCGGUUUAGUCUCUCGGCUUCGAAAGGAGUUCAGGAUUGCCUCCAUUGGUGCUUGCCUGGUGUUCCUGAUACAUGGAAUGAAAUCCUUUUUGCAAUGAUAUAAGGGCUUGAGGCAAAGCCAGCGUUUUGAUAGCUUUUAGACGACACACAUUGAGGUACUUUAGUGGCUUGAGGUGUAAGUUUUAGUAUUUAUUCUGGUACAGAAGCUAAGCCUAUUAUUGUCGUCAUAAACCAUACUGGGGCUUGGUUCUGACUUCUGACCAUAUUUACAGAAUCUAACUCAACUUUUGUCUUUUAAGUCUAUUAAUAGAAUAUAUUUUUUAGAAUUA